CUCCGCCCUGCCGCCUAUUGCCUUGCCUUGGCCUCCCUUCGGGCUCACCUUUUAGUCUCUUUCCCAUUUCCCUCGGCCUCCCCUCCGCCUUCGCGAUGGCGCUGAAGAUGGUCAAAGGAAGCAUCGACCGCAUGUUCGACAAGAACCUCCAGGACCUCGUCAGGGGGAUCCGCAACCAUAAGGAGGACGAGGCGAAGUACAUCUCCCAGUGCAUCGACGAGAUCAAGCAGGAGCUGAAGCAGGAUAACAUUGCUGUGAAAGCCAAUGCCGUCUGCAAGCUCACCUACUUGCAGAUGCUGGGCUACGACAUCAGCUGGGCCGCUUUCAACAUCAUCGAAGUCAUGAGCGCCUCCAAAUUCACCUUCAAACGGAUCGGGUAUCUGGCUGCCUCUCAGUGCUUCCAUGAAGGGACUGAUGUCAUCAUGCUGACAACCAACCAGAUUCGGAAGGACUUGAGCAGCCCCAACCAGUACGACACCGGGGUGGCGCUGACGGGUUUGUCGUGUUUUGUGACGCCGGAUCUGGCCAGAGAUUUGGCCAAUGACAUCAUGACCCUGAUGUCCCACACGAAGCCUUACAUCCGGAAGAAGGCAGUGCUGAUCAUGUACAAAGUCUUCUUGAAAUAUCCUGAAUCCCUCCGGCCUGCCUUCCCCCGCCUUAAGGAGAAACUGGAAGACCCAGAUCCUGGCGUCCAGUCCGCCGCCGUCAACGUCAUCUGCGAACUGGCCCGGCGCAACCCAAAAAACUACCUGUCCCUGGCACCGCUUUUUUUCAAGCUGAUGACCUCGUCCACCAACAACUGGGUCCUCAUCAAAAUCAUCAAACUGUUUGGUGCUCUCACUCCGCUGGAACCCAGACUGGGCAAGAAGCUCAUUGAGCCCCUCACCAACCUCAUCCACAGCCAGCGCGCCCUCUUCCAAUCCCCCAAAGAGGGUAGAGUUCAUGGCAGCCCAGUCAGAGAUAAAAAAUUAGUCUGCUCCCGAGAGUUGCAACCAAACGGACACACAUCCGCCAUGUCCCUUCUCUAUGAGUGCGUGAACACCGUGAUAGCAGUUCUGAUCUCGCUCUCCUCGGGGAUGCCUAACCACAGCGCCAGCAUCCAGCUCUGCGUUCAGAAGCUGAGGAUCCUGAUAGAAGACUCGGAUCAGAACCUGAAGUAUUUAGGACUGCUGGCCAUGUCCAAAAUCCUGAAGACUCACCCAAAAUCAGUCCAGUCCCACAAGGAUCUCAUCCUGCAGUGCCUGGACGACAAGGACGAGUCGAUCCGCCUCCGAGCUUUGGACCUCCUCUAUGGAAUGGUCUCCAAGAAGAACUUGAUGGAGAUCGUCAAGAAGCUGAUGAUCCACGUGGACAAAGCCGAAGGGACGACCUACCGGGACGAGUUGCUGACCAAGAUCAUCGACAUUUGCAGCCAGUCGAACUACCAGUACAUCACCAACUUUGAAUGGUACAUCAGCAUCCUGGUGGAGCUGACCCGGCUGGAGGGCACCCGCCACGGCCACCUCAUCGCCUCCCAGAUGCUAGACGUGGCCAUCCGGGUCAAGGCCAUCCGCCGGUUCGCCGUCUCGCAGAUGGCCAUGCUGCUGGACAACGCCCACCUGCUGGCCAGCAACACCCAGCGCAACGGGAUCUGCGAGGUGCUCUACGCCGCCGCCUGGAUCUGCGGGGAGUUCUCCGAGCACCUGGAUGAGCCCCAGCAGACCCUGGAGGCCAUGCUGCGACCCAAAGUCACUACGCUGCCGGGCCACAUUCAAGCGGUUUAUGUCCAGAACAUGGUGAAGCUGUACGCCUCCAUCUUGCAACAGAAGGAGCAGGCGGGGGAGAAGGAGGCGGCCCAGGAGGCCACGCAGAUGAUGAUCGAGCGCCUGCCUCAGUUUGUGCAAAGCGCUGACCUCGAAGUCCAGGAGAGGGCUUCCUGCAUCCUUCAGCUCAUGAAAUACAUCCUCAAGCUUCAGAUCAAAGAGGUCCCCGUGGCUGAGGAAGUCAGCGCCUUGUUUGCCGGGGAGCUGAACCCCGUGGCCCCCAAAGCCCAGAAGAAAGUUCCUGUUCCAGAAGGCUUGGACCUCGAUGCCUGGAUCAACGAGCCCCCAUCAGACAGCGAGUCCGAAGACGAGAAGCCCAGGACGAUCUUCCACGAUGAGGAACAGAGGGCCCCCCGGCACCGGCUGCCCGAAAUGGACGAGGAGGAGCUGGCCAGGCGCCGAGAAGUCAGAAAGCAAGAGCAAGCGAACAAUCCGUUCUACAUCAAAAGCUCUCCUUCCCCACAAAAGCGGUACCAAGACAGUCCUGGCGUCGAGCACAUCCCUGUGGUUCAGAUUGAUCUCUCCGUUCCUUUAAAAGUUCCUGGCAUGCCCGUCUCCGACCAGUAUGUGAAGCUGGAGGAGGAGCGGCGCCACCAGCAGAAGCUGGAGAAGGACAAGAAGAAGAAGAAGCUGAAGAAAGAGAAGCGGGGCGGCAGGAGCCGGCGCCCCAACUCCCUGCACACGGAGAGCGACGAGGACAUCGCUCCCGCCCAGCACGUGGACAUAAUCACGGAGGAGAUGCCGGAGAACGCUCUCCCGAGCGACGAGGAUGACAAAGACCCCAAUGAUCCCUACAAGGCCCUGGACAUCGACCUGGACAGUCUGGUUGCAGGGAAAGCGGCCAGGCCCUUAGCCGACAGCGAGAAGUUGCCCGUACAGAGGCACAGGAACGCCGACGUCCUCAAGUCGCCGCAAGAAACGGACGUCCCGCCAGCCGAGAAGAAAAGCAAGAAGCCGAAAAAGAAGGAGAAGAAACACAAAGAGAAAGAAAGGGAGAAAGAGAAGCGGAAAGAGCGGGAGAAGAAGAGCGAGGAGGAAGAUAAAAAACCUGACGAGGUGGACUUCUGGCUGUCUGAUGCCCCGGCCCCUGCAGUGGCAGCAGAGACAAAGACUCCACCUCCUGAGUCGAGCAUGGGAGCCGCGGAUGGCGAAGAGCCGGAUGAAGCCAAGAAGGAGGUCCGGGAAGAGGAGGCAGAAGAGGAAGAAGCAGGGAAGAAACCCUCCAAGCAUAAGAAGAAGAAGCAUAAGAAGGAAGAGAAGGCCAAGGAGAAGAAGUCCAAAAAGCAUCAUGGCAGCGGGGAAGAGGUGCCAACAGAAUCGGUGCAGAACGGGGACCUGGACCUGGAGGAAGAGCCGCUGCCGCCGAUGUCCAGUUACUCCGUCCUCGCUGAAAACGCAUACAUUAAAAUGACAUACGACAUCCAGGGCAACCUGCAGAACGACAGCCAGGUCACCGCCUCAGUGAUCUUCGAGAACAAGAGCGGCAGCUUCCUCAAGAGCAUGGAACUCAAUGUCUUAGACUCGCUGAAUACGAAAAUGCUCCGGCCGGAAGGCUCCUCCAUUCACGACGGGAUCCCCGUCCCUUUUCAGCUGCCUCCUGGCGUCUCCAAUGAAGCCCAGUUUGUCUUCACCUUGCAGAGCAUCAUCAUGGCGCAGAAGCUAAAAGGAACGCUGUCGUUCAUUGUCAAAGAUGAGGAAGGGUCGACGCACGAGAAGCUAGAUUUUAAACUGCACUUCAGUUGUGCCUCGUACCUGAUCACGACGCCCUGCUACAGCGAUGCGUUCGCCAAGCUGCUAGAGUCGGGGGACCUGCACGCCAGCUCCUUCAAAGUCGAUGGCAUCACGGCCCCUUUCCACCACAUCCUUGCAAAAAUCUGUUUCUACCAUCAUUUCUCGGUUGUGGAACGAGUGGGGGACUGCGCCUCGAUGUACAGCCGCUCCAUCCAAGGCCAUCAUGUCUGCCUGCUAGUGAAAAAGGGAGAAAAUUCUGUGUCCCUCGACGGGAAAUGCAACGAGGCCACCUUGCUGGGCAACCUGCUCUCGGAACUCAAGGAGACGUUGUCGAGGUGCUGAGCAUUCCUGGGAAGGAAGAGGGAAAAAAAGAGUCUCCCUCCUUCUCCCCGCCGUCCCUCAAAUCUCUGCGAGAGGAGCCGUCCCGCAAGGCACACAGACUGAACCCAGCCGAGCCAUCGGAUCCUUUUCUCCUCCUCCUCCUCCUCCUCCUCUCUCUCCUUUCCCUGCACAUGUACGAUAAUUCCCGGGAUGUGGUUUUCUCUUUUGGGUAGUCUUUCAUUUCCACUCCACUCUGGGUUGUGCUGAGGGUUUUUUUUUUUGUUUUUUGUGAUUAUGUUUCCUCCAUGCUCACCUUAAUUUUUAUGACGGUUUACACAUCCUUUUAAAAAAUAGUAAUAAUAAGCACUCUCCUCUCCCCUCUUUGGACUUUCUUGAUCUCUUCUCGAGGGAAACCCUUUCCAGACCCAAAAAAAUCUCAGCCAGAUCUUGACUCCCUUGCAGGGGUGGGAAAAGGAGAAAGUUGCCCCAGAAGUCGGUUGGGAUGAGUUUUCUGGCCGCCUCUGCAUCACAGUCUCCUCGCGAGGAGCUGCAGGCAGUGGCCUGCAUCACUGCCUUUGGAGGGGUCUCUCCCUUGAUCCUAACCAGUAACGUUCACUCGGCAACACCAAGGCCCAGAACUCCCCUCUGUCGUAAUCAAUCCUCUUUUUUUUCUGCCUCCCAAAAACCUCUGAAGGUCAGAAGCAUUUCCUCCUCCGGUGGCUUGCUUUCCACGCCAUCGCUUCACGAAGGCCCACUGAAACAGACCCCAUCCCUUAAAUUAUAGAAUGUAGCAGGAAAAGCGAAACAAACACCUGGAAAUCCAAAGGCUUUGUGUACAAUUAUGUGUAUAUGUCUGUGUUUUUUGUUGCUCUUGUUGCUUCAAUUCCGUCUCGGUUUUCUUUUGUCAUGUAGUUGGCUUUUCCCCCUUUCGGUUGACUGAUCCUUAGGUAGAGACCGUCCCAAUGAACCCCGCUCUCCUCCGAUGUGCCCCACCCUUCCUGGCCCCUUGCUUCUGCAUUCAGCCCUUCUCUCCCCCCUGGCUGCACCCCUAAACCUGGGAGGAGCCGGAAAUGUUGAAAAAUGAGGGAAGACAGCCUCGGCUCCAGACAGGGGGAGAGGACGCUCUGUUUCCUUGGGGCUGAGAUCCUCUCCAUUCUCCUUCUCCUGUCCGUGAGCUCUCGUGGUUUCUCCUUCUAUAGACCCUUCUCCACCAGGUAGGCAGUGAGAUACCUGUGGUUAUUUAUUUGAGCGUUCCUCCACCUCAGCACUUAGCUUUUGAAACGAUGCUUCUGUCGCCAAAACAUCACUUGAUGAACGCUAGACCUCCCUCCACCCCCACUCUGUUUUCCAGUCCUUAGUAGGGGGAGGAAGGAGAAGCGGAAACGAGAGGAGAAGUCUCGUUUCUGGCUUGUUUUGUUGUCCGUUUUGUAUGAAGACACUCGGUGCCUCAAUUCUUUUCUCUGUGGUUAGGAAUACAAAUUUUUUUUAAAAGAACAACAAUGUUUGCAUUAGAGGUUAUUUGUGGGGCACAGCCCCUUUCUUUGGCGUGACGGUACCGGAUUUACCAAGAAGGAUCCGUGUCUGUUUCCUUCUGUCCUGGCAGGACUUGACGAAGCCGUGAGUGACACUUUGGGGCCCCAGCAGGCGGGUUGACAGUCAACCUUUUGUGGGCAAAUCUGGCUUGUUUUUUUUUUUUAGGGGGGAGAGAGAGAGAGAUUGAGAAUCUGUGCAUAUUUGAAGUCGUCUGGAAAGGCAAAUCACUCUUUGGAAAAUUAGUGGAUUUCAAUAUAUAUAUAUAUAUCUAUAUAUAUUCCUGGAUGAAAACUUGUCACUUUAGCAUGUAGAGUCUGUUCUCUUACAGAAACCCCUGUGUGGUGAUUCUAGAAAAUUCUGAAAUGAUAUGUACAAUAUGUUAUGUUUAAAAAAAUAAAAAUAAAAACUUA